UAAGAACCGCCAUUUUGGACAAAACAAGAACAAGUUGUAAAUCACAUACAACGAAAGGUCGCAUUCAAUCUUCGUUUUGCUGAGGAUUACUAAGUUGAAGAGCUUUCACAGACACAGACAACCCAAGAAUCGUGUCUGAUACAAUACAAGUGCAAAAUCUAACUUCAACCACCAAACAAACUAAAGUCUAAAACUUUGCCACCGAUUCAGAGACCCAGUUGCCGGAAGUCCCAUUUGCCGGUGAGUUCGGUGAGAUUCCGGCUAAGAAUGGAGGUGGAAAGUGAAAAAUCGGGUCCUAAUGGGAAAGUUUGGAGCUUUUGUAGUAUGCCAUUUUGGCAAACAACUCAUGCUUCUUCAUCAUCUUCUUCAAUAUCUUCUUCAGUGCAUAGUGUUCAUCAGCAAAGCCAGAUUCUUCAGUCUCUUGAUAGAUCAACUCAUCAGCCUUCAAGCACCGUUUCUUCCGUGGCCAAGUCUCUGCUUCCUACAAGGAGAAGGCUCCGUCUUGAUCCUCCCAACAAGCUUUACUUUCCAUAUGAACCUGGUAAGCAAGUUAGGAGCGCCAUCGCAAUUAAAAACACUUGCAAAUCUCAUGUAGCUUUCAAGUUUCAAACAACUGUACCCAAGAGUUGUUAUAUGCGCCCUCCAGGCGGUAUUAUUGCACCUGGUGAAAGUAUAAUUGCAACUGUAUUUAAGUUUGUGGAGCCACCAGAGAACAAUGAGAAACCAAUUGAUCAAAAAAGCAGGGUCAAGUUUAAAAUCAUGAGCUUAAAAGUGAAAGGAGAAAUGGACUAUGUACCGGAACUGUUUGAAGAACAAAGGGAUCAAGUAGCAGUGGAGCAAAUUUUGCAUGUUGUUUUUCUGGACCCUGAACUCCCUAGCCCUGCCCUGGAUAAGCUUAAACGGCAACUGGCUGAGGCUGAGGCUGCACUGGAAGCAAGAAAGAAGCCCCCAGAAGAGACAGGUCCUCGUAUAGCCGGGGAAGGACUUGUUAUAGAUGAAUGGAAGGAAAGAAGAGAAAGAUACCUGGCCAGGCAGCAGGUUGAAGGGGUUGAUUCAAUGUAAAGUAUUAUAUAUAUAUAUAUAUAUAU